AGUGUAUCCGGGGUCAUUCUGGAAGAGUCAGCAGCCAGCCAGGAACCUCCCAGGUCAGAGGAGCUGCGGGGCUGAGUGACCGACUUGUUCCCUGACCGCUGGCUGGUUUCCCUGACCUGGUUAUUUCUGGACCUGGGAAAACUCACAUAAUUCCCUGGCUGCGGGCCUGGGAGAGUCAGCAGUCGGCAGCGCAGCGGCGGGAACCGCAGCCUGGGGACCCUGGAACCUCCCAGGUCCCCCACUGCUCAACCAGAUCUGCUCACCAGUUAAUCAACUAAGAACCCUGGAUGGUAAAGAGAGAAGACUGUAGUAAAGAAUCCAGACAGAAACUUGGAGAAGAGCAAUAAGAAGGAUGAAUGCGUCUUUGGUAAAUGCUCCCCAGGGUCAGUUAACAUUCAAGGAUGUGGCUGUGGACUUCUCACAGGAGGAAUGGGGAUGUCUUGACUGUGCUCAGAGGGCUUUGUACAUGGAUGUGAUGUUGGAGAAUUACAGCAACCUACUCUUUGUGGAGAAUAAUCACGUAUGUGUCAAACAUGAUGAAGUCUUGGAUCAUGGCACAAAAUAUACUGCCCCUGAACAUGUGAUUAUUCAAGAGAAGUUUAAUAAAUGGAAUGAAUGGGGGAAAAUGAUUGCUGAAUCCUCCAAAAGUACACCUUAUCAAGCUAACAACAGAGAAGCCUCCACUGAAUCACCAGACAGACAUAAAAGUGAGAAUGCCAGGGAACCAUGCAAAUAUAAAGACUGUGUGAAUAGCUUCAAUUUGUAUUCCAUCACUAGUCAAAAUCAAACAGUGCACCUAGAGAUGAAAAAACAAAACAAAACACAGCAUGAUACAGUUUCUCACUCUAAAUAUAAACUCGUGUUAAAAGGAAACAGUAGUGGAAUGAGACCACACAAGUGCAGGAAGUCUGGAAAAUCCUUCAAGAUAUACUCAAGCCUGAGUAGACUUCAGAGAGCUCAUACUGGAGAGAAGCACUAUAAAUGUACAAAAUGUAGUAAAUCCUUUCUGCAUUUGUCACAGCUCAAGGUACAUUACAAAAUCCAUUAUGGAGGAUAUCCCUACAAAUGUACAGAAUGUGGUAAGUGCUUUUAUCAUGUGUCAGACUUCGAAAGACACUACAGAAUCCAGACUGGAGACAAUACUUACAAAUGUAGUUUUUGUGGCAAAUCCUUUAUAUGCUGCUCAGGUCUUAGAAAACAUGAGAAAAUUCAUGAAGGACGGAGGCUCUUCGAAUAUAACCAAGGUACUAGGUCAGUCUGUACAUUUUCCUACCGUGAAUACCAUUACAGGACAGAUAUAAGAGAGAAAUGUUACAGAUGUAAAGAAUGUGGCAAAUCUCUUUCCACAUCCUCAGGACUUAAAAUACAUCAGAGAAUUCAUACAGGAGAGAAACCUUACAAAUGUAGUGACUGUGACAGAUCUUUUACCCAGAAGAGCAAUCUUAGAAUGCAUCAGAGAAUUCAUACAGGAGAGAACCCAUACAAAUGCAGUGAAUGUGACAGAUGCUUCACCCAGAAAUGCCUUCUUAGAACUCAUCAGAGAUCUCAUUCAGGAGAAAAACCUUACAAAUGUAGUGAGUGUGACAAAGCCUUUGCUGAUGGCUCAUAUCUUAGAAGUCAUCAGAGAAUUCAUUCAGGAAAGAAACCAUACAAAUGUAGUGAAUGUGACAAAUCCUUUAACCGGAAAGACCAUCUUAGAAUUCAUCAGAGAAUUCAUACAGGAGAGAAACCUUACAAAUGUAGUGAAUGUGAAAAAUGCUUUACCCAGAAAGGCAGUGUUAGAAUUCAUCAGAGAAUUCAUACGGGUGAGAAACCUUACAAAUGUAGUAAAUGUGAUAAAUCUUUUUCCAAGAAAGACUGUCUUAUAAUUCAUCAGAUAAUUCAUACAGGAGAAGAACCUUACAAAUGUAGUGAAUGUGGCAAAUGCUUUAACCGGAAAGAGCAUCUUAGAGCUCAUCAAAGAUUUCAUACAAGAGGGAGAAUUUACAAAUGUAGUGAAUGUGAUGAAUCCUUUACCCUGAAAAUCAAUCUAAGAAUUCAUCAGAAAAUUCAUAUAGGAGACAAGACUUACAAAUGUAGUAUAUGUGACAAAUCCUUUAACCGGAGAAACCAUCUUAGAACUCAUGAGAGAAUUCAUGCAGGAGAAAAGCCUUACAAUUGUAGGGAAUUUGAAAAUUCCUUUACCCAGAAUGGCUCUCUUAGAAUUCAUGAGAGACUUCAUUCAAACAAGAAACUUUACAAAUGCAAUGAAUGUGACAAAUCCUUUACUAGCAGCUCUUAUGUUAGAAUUCAUCAGAGAAUUCAUUCAGGAGAGAAACCUUACAAAUGUAGUGAGUGUGACAAAUGCUUUACCAGUGGCUCAUAUCUUAGAAUGCACCAAAGAAUUCAUACAGGAGACAAACCUUACAAAUGUGGUGAAUGUGAUAAAUGCUUUACUCAGAAAUGCAGUCUGAGAAUUCACCAGAGAAGUCAUACAGGAGAGAAACCUUACAAGUGUGGUAAUUGUGACAGAUCCUUUACAAGUGGGUCAUAUCUGAGAAUACAUCAGAGAAUUCAUAGAGGUGAGAAGCCUUAUAAAUGUAGUGAAUGUGACAAAUCCUUUACCCAGAAAGGCUAUCUUAGAAUUCAUCAGAGAAUUCAUAAAGAAAAACCUUACAAAGGAAGUAAAUGAAAAAUCCUUUACCCAGGAACCCUAACUUGUGGAACUCAUCAGAGAAUUCAUAUUGGAGAAAAUCCUUAAAUGUAGGGAAUGUAACAAAUCCCUUCACAGGAAAAACCUAUCUCAGAACUUAUCAGAAAUUUCAUACAAGAAAUAAAACAUACAAAUGUAUAGAAUCUGAUAAAUCUUUUACCCAGAAAGGCUGUCUCAGAAUUAAUCACAGACUUCAUUCAAGAAAGAAACUUUAUAAAUGCAGUGGAUGUGACAAACCCUUUACCAUGACAAACUAUCUUAGACCUCGUCAGAAAAAACAGGAGAGAAACUACAAAUUUGGUGAAAAUACAAAUCCUUGGCAUGUCUCUUAAAAUACAUCAAAGAAUCCAGAAAGGAGAGAAACUUUACAGAUAAAGUAUAUGAGAAGUCUUCACCCAUAUCUCAUACUCUUAGAAAACAUCCAACAUCCAUAGUGGGAGAAAGUUUCCCUAAGAAAGUCCCUAAGAAGUUUUUUAUAAAAGCUCUAUCCUUUGUGACACUUGAGGCUCCACACUAGACAUUAUUAUGAACAUAAGAAACUUUUGAAAACUUAGAGUUUUGUUAGA